AUGGGACAAGCAACUUCAUCUAAAACAAUAUCCUUUUUCACAAAACGAUCUGAUUCAGUAUACGAAGACAUAUCCAACAGAUUCACCAAGGCAACCGUAUCCACAUUAGCUGUACCUGUAGUUAUUGUGGCCUAUCCUAUUCUUAACGCAUACACAUUUCAAGAAUCAGAUAUCACCGGGUUUCGUAUCAUCGAUGGUACUAUCGGUGGACUAUUAGGCGUUAUUGCAUGGCCGCUUGCUCCUUUCUUUGCGGUCUGGGGAGCUGUGACAUUUAUCUUUAAAGAGAAACCACCAAGGACGAUAAACGUGCCACCAGAGAUUAGAGCAAAGGCAGAAGCCGAGAUUCAACUGGAUACAGUGUCUUUUUAUAAUGUGGCUGUCGUGGGUAUGUCUGGAACUGGCAAGAGUUCACUUGUUAAUGCCAUACGUGGAUAUAAAGAUACGGAUAAACGAGCAGCCAAGGUAGGAGAGGUCGAGACGACAGCAGUGCCACGACCCUAUCCUCAUCCGGAUUUGACAACCAUGGUCAUCUGGGAUAUGCCGGGUGUAGGCACCAAGAGUCAUCCGAGAGAGACGUACUUUGAUGACAACUAUCUAUGUGCCUUUGAUCUGUUGGUAAUCGUGUUAGGAAACAGACUCAUGCAGGAUGAUAUUGAUAUUUCACUAAAAGCCAAACAAUACAAGAUCCCUGUACUGUACGUACGCAGUAAAGCUGAUCAGGCAAUUGCAAGUAAAGAGGCUAGACAUCAAGGUGAUAAAGAAUUUGUAUGGGCAGCAGCGGUUGGAGAACUCGUGUUGGAAGUAAAAGAUUCGGUGUUUAGCCAACUAAAGGAAAUUCGUGUCGACAAUCAACAAACAAGAAAAGAGAAAAAGACUACAACUCAUUGA